AGACGCCAGACCCCUCUUCACCUUGUCCCCGGCACCAGUUUGGCUCGUCUUGUUCUCGAGAGAUAUAACCUCCCAUCCCUCCCAGCCUGUCCGUUCAACAUUAACCGCAUGGGUGGGGUUCUCUGCUGCUGUUCAGAGCCAGUCAACUUCGACGGCGAAGUCGAUCUCUUCCACUUUGACCUCCAUCGAGCCGUUGGCAAGGGCGCUUUCGGCAAGGUCCGGGUCGUCGAGCACAAGAAGUCAAAACAGCUUUACGCCCUCAAGUACAUCGACAAGGCCAAAUGCAUCAAGCAAAAGGCCGUUGCUAACAUCAUCCAAGAACGGCGGCUACUCGAAGAGAUUGACCAUCCAUUCAUCGUCAAUCUCCGCUACGCCUUUCAGGAUGACGAGAACUGCUUCUUUGUCCUCGAUCUCAUGUUGGGCGGUGACCUACGCUUCCAUCUCGAGCGCAAAGGCCGCAUAAACGAGGCCGUAGUCAAGUUUUGGAUCGCCGAACUCGCUGAAGCAUUGAACUAUCUCCGCAAACAGCGUAUCAUACACCGCGACCUCAAGCCAGACAACAUCUUGCUUGAUGCCGCGGGGCAUGCGCACAUCACCGAUUUCAAUGUCGCCAUCCACUACUCAGAACGUCGCCUACACACCAGCGUGGCAGGAAGCAUGGCCUAUAUGGCCCCAGAGGUCGUCGGACGCAAGGGCUACACUUGGUGUGUUGACUGGUGGAGUUUAGGUGUGGUCAUGUGGGAACUGCUCUUCCAUCGUCGCCCUUUCGAUGGCCGCACCACGGAGAAGAUGACGAACGCCAUCCUGAAGGACCCGCUCAAGUUUCCGAGCAACGUUGAUGAAGUAUGCAGCCCGGAGUGCCAAGACUUUGUCAAAGGACUGCUCGACAGGAACCCUAAGACGAGGCUCGGCUGCCGUUCAAGAGGGCAAGGCAUCGACGACGUCCAUAGUCAUCCGUGGAUGGCAUCUAUUGACUGGGAGAAGGUCCGAAGCAAAGACCUUCAGCCUCCAUUUGUUCCCGAUAUGAAGAAGGCAAACUUCGACGUGUCACACGAGCUUGACGAAUUCAUGAUGGUCGAGAAGCCGCUCACACACUCCAAACGGAAAGCACACCCCGACCUUGAGAAGAUGAAGCCUGAGCUGCGGCAGAUGGAAGAGGAGUUCACGAUAUACGACUUCUCGAAGAACAAUCGGCGGUCAUACUAUCCACACAACCAGCCGGUCGUCACGUCUAUUAACAGCGACGAUGACGAUCCUGUCAUCGUCCUCCAGUCUGCGACAAACACCCUUCUGCCGAAUACCACUCUUGUCGAUCGCACGUCGGCAGGCUCGCCGUCGCCAGAUAUGGAGCAGAGUGGCGUGCACCCGAUGACCCUCCCGCGGACAUCAGAGUCUGUCGACCAGCGGCCACGGCCGUCUGAGUCUGUGAGUCGCCGCACCACUGUCAGCCGCCGCUCAGAAGCCGCGGACCACCACUCUCGUCGGCCCACCCCAUAGCGCCUCGCCCCAACACUCGCCUCUGUCCUCUUGCUCGUUCCCAGGAUCCAGGACAUAACCCUACUCUCCUUGCAUAGUCUCACCGCCCUGACUGCUGCUGGGCCCGCUCACUCGCACACUCACUGUCCGCUCCAUACUUCCUCUCUUUGCUGCAUCUUCCUCUCUUUGCUGCAUCUUCCCAAUCUGUCCAACGGUCGAGGCGGGCUUCGGCGCUGUACACCACCACGCUCAUCAACCUUCUGCUCCCAUCCCCAUCUCAUUAUUGGCUUCGAACCUCUCAGGGACACUCGUGCGCUUGUAUUUUGUAUUCUUCGGGCACGUUCAGAUAUCCUACUGCAG